AUGGCGAAAAUCAUAUCAACAUUUAAAGCGAUUCUGACACGCAUCUUCUUCGGUGCACACAGCAUCUUGGCCAUUUGGCAAGUGACCGUUAAUACGAAUAACUACAUUUAUUGGUCACUAUGUGGACCCUUGGUGCUGCUACUGCUCGAGGGUGUUUUCACGUUGAUGAUCAAGAAGAAUCAGGAAUGGCGGUGGUUUUGCCCUUCAGUCUUCCUAUACCUGAGCAGCAUUGUACCGGCCAUUUGGCUGUUGGAGUUAGACCAAGUACAGCGCAAGCUUAGUAAUAAUCAUAAUAACAACAACAGUAGUAAUGAAAAUAUUUUACAAGAAGUCGCCGAAAUUGCCGAUUUAGAUUUGCCGGUGUUCAAAAUUGAUCCGGACACAUGGAUUACGUUGAUCGAGCAGUUUUUAAUGCUAAUUUUAAUUGUCGGCCGCUGGAUGUUGCCGAAAGGCGAUUUGACGCGCGAUCAAUUGAGUCAGUUGUUGUUGGUUUAUAUUGGCACCGCCGCUGACAUUAUGGAGUUCUUUGAGUCCUACAAGGAUGUCAAUAUUAUAAAAAUAGAUCUUCUAGUGUUUCUUACACUGGGCAUUUGGUCGUGGAGCUUAAUGCAAUUUACAAUUGUUUUAUCGGCGACAAGAGCUCGGCGUCCACGUGGCAGCGGGCUACAUCACAGCGAUGAAACUACAGAUUGCUGUGACGGUUGUUGUUGUGGCAUCGACGUUUGGGCCAUUGUGCUUAAUGUGAUAUUACAGGAUGCGCCAUUCCUCACCCUGCGAAUGUUAAUUAUAUUCCAGUAUAAAAUCCUUAAUUAUAUGAGUGUGUUUUUUACAUGCAAAAACACCCUGGUCAUUGUAUUGCAGUUGUAUCGACUUUAUGUCGUCAAUGCCGAGUUCUGGAAGAAUCGGCGAGAACAAAAGUCUGGUGGCGGCGGCGACAAAUCGCAACAUUAUAAAUCCCGUCGACGCGUCCAAGAUCAGGAUGCGAACAGUAUUUACAUGAUAUCAACGGAGCGUGGCACAGAUGUCAAGCGAAAGAUACAAAAAGCACGCGACUACGCUGAGGAUGAGUUUGUGACGCGAACGAAAAAGAACAAAAGGGAUAAAACUAAAAAGCACAAACGCAAAGAUACCGGUUACUCCACUGCCAGUUCGCAGAAUCUCUACUCUACCAAAAUGGUAGACGAGCGCAGUGCUCGCCACAAGGAUAAGAAGAGCGGUAAAAAGGCGAAAAAGCGAGAUCGCAGCAACUCCUCGUUUGACGGUGAGAUCGAGGCGAAGAAGUCGAAACGUGGCGGUGAUGCCGGCGGCGGUAGGAAAACGGAUAAGAAGGACAAGAAAAAAAAAACGAAAAAUAUUGAACCCGUCUUGGAGGAGACAACAAGCAGUUCCACCAGUUCGUCAUCGGCCACAACGAGCCGUUCAUCUGAUUCCAGCAAUUCAACAUUGCCCAGUUAUGAGAUGAUCGCGGAGCGUAAAUUGAAGCGUAACAAGCGGUCACGCAGCUCGUCGGAGAGCACAACAACAGACUCGUCGGAUACAACAACAUCGUCAUCAUCAUCGUCGUCCGCUUACACGAUUAUAGCCGAAUCAACAAUAGCACGCCACUCAUUGAUUUUCUUCGCUGCUUGGCGCAAGUUGAAAUAUCAAAUGAGACCAGGUCGCUCUGCAUCUGAUUCUUCCAGCGAAGUGCUUCCAUCAAAGAGUUUUCAUCCAUUCUACCAAACGGCGUCUCUUCUUUCGGUGAACUGCAAUAUCAAUGUCACCGUAUAA